UUUUGUAUGCAGAGCACUCAGGUCUGACUGGAUUCUCUGUGUUGCUAAGCUAAAGGCAGGAACGUCUGUCCAUUUUGAUUGAGUUUGAGAGAAAAAUGCUUGGUUCAGAGAUCCCCAGCGGUUACAGAAGGAUCGAGGCGAUGUUCACUAGUGCCCCUGGUGGUCUGGAGGGCUUUAAGGCUCAUGCUGUGUUUCAGGAGAUCGCUAAAAAGCUUGCAGAGGAAGGUGAUCAAUACGUGAAGAAGAUCGGAGGUGUGUUCGCUUUCAAAGUGAAGGACGGGCCGGGCGGGAAGGACGCCACGUGGAUCGUAAAUGUGCGCGACGGAAAGGGCUGCGUCCACAACGACACCUCGAAGAAGGUAGACUGCACACUCUUGAUGACGGACUCAGAUCUGCUGGAGGUCAUGACGGGGAAGAUGAACCCUCAGACUGCAUUCUUCCAGGGAAAGCUGAAGAUCACAGGGAACAUGGGAAUGGCUAUGAAGCUCCAGAACCUGCAGCUACAACCGGGCAAAGCCAAGCUGUGAGGCUCCACCCACACGGACGAGCGUCCCCUCUGAGAUGGGACAGAGAGCCUUGUCUCCUCCUCUCCUCUCCUCCCUUCUUCCUGCGCUUUAGCCUCCAGACCUGAGUUUGGAGCGGAACCUUAAGGACGUACAGUAGCUGAUCUACAAACACUCGCUAAACUCCACACACGACACCGGAUCAUCGUCUCCCAGUCCUCCUUCUUCCCUCUUUUAUUUAUCCUCAAACACACUCAGGAGCACGCAACAUUAAACUCACAAUUUGGCUGAAAACAUAAUGCUCGUGUUAUCGCUUAUUGCAAACAUACAGUGACACUUUUAGUUUGCGGACUUUAAAGGGGCUCGAAAGGAGUCUCUGAUUGGUCGUUUGCACUGUCAGUUUCCAAGAAAAAAAUCUUUCAUUGCUCACAAAAUAUAAAUUUGAAAUUCCGAAUGUCAGGAAGCAAGGCUGAAAUCCGUGCUAUAUCCCUGUCUUUCACUGAGCUGCCUUGCUUCUAAUUUUCCAGAAUUCCAGCUCACCAUGUGACAUGAAUGCCAGAAGGAGGACUGAGACGUAACGAUUCCGAACUAAUAAUAAUAAUAAUUGUAAGUGUAGGGGUUCAUUCUGACUCAGUAACACAAAGACUUUCCUGAAUUUCCGGAGAUAAUCCCACCCCCUGAUCCGAGGAUGUUUUCAUCCCAAAGCACCUCCUUCUCUAGAGUGUCUUCAGCUCAGCAAGGGGCGGAGCUUAAAGUUUUAUAUGAUCACACCACAACGCGGAAACUCACCUCAUUAGAGAAUGUUACUUUCUAGCAUGACCUCAUGAAUAAUUAAUGAUUAGCAGGUUUUUUUGUACAUUUUAUGACAUUUUAUGCUCGUUUAAUCACAACACAAGUGUAGCUGCGUGAUGGAUAUUGUAUAAAUAUAGUCAGUUAGCUCAUGUUAGCCUUAAAAGCUAGAUUUAGCUCGGUGGUUUUACUCGCUAGCUAGUCGAUGUUAAGUCCGAUGAUAUGUGUUUAUCUUCAUCGAUAAACUGGAUUUUUUUUUUUUUUAUGUUAACUUAUCUUGCUAGUGAUCAUGGGGUCAUGAUGUGAUUAGCAGUGUUUUAGUUUACAGUAGUUCUAUGUGGUACUGUUACAGAUGUUACUAUGUCUGAAGCAAACUUUAGCUAGCUAGCUAACCUAGCUAAUGUUGCUAACCUGCUGACAGGUGAUAUAAACCAGAAAUGUAUGUUGAACUGAUAAAAAAUAAAAAGAAACAUUAGGGUUAAAAGUGGAUGUGGUCAUGUGAUCAAAUGUAACUUCAAGCUCCUCAACUUGUUGAUCCACAGAGAUCUAAUACUCAGUAUAAAUCAAGUGACCUGAAGUGUGUGUGUGUGUGUGUAUGUGGGGGGUGUUUUCACGAUUUAAUAAAACUAAUGAUAAUGUAAAAGUCUAAAUAAAUUUUAUUUUGAACUUUGAA